AGUAAGGUCAGAUUUGUUUUGCUUUUUAUUUCAACACUUAAUCCAACAACUCCAAAUCACAGCCAGAAAAUGCCGACCACAGCCAAAAAGUCUUUGGAGUACAGUGAAAAGAUCAAAACUAGAAAAUUUCAGCAGCAAGCGACUUGCAAAGUCAGCCAUGGCCUAUCUCGUAAGACAUCGCUCAUAGUUGUUGGUCAAAGGAUAAAGAGUCGAAAAUUCAAGCAGAGAGCUGCUAAAAAAACUGUCUGGUUGAACGCCAAAGGCAAAAUCAUUGCAGUUGAAAUCAAACACAUUGAUACUUUGGGAAUUGACAUGAACAAUUUCUUUACUCCAAAGGCAUCAAAGGCUCUGACCGAAGCCAAUACAUCUAAUGCUGGCGUGGAUAAAUUAAUACCUCUGCAGUCGGAACCCACGCUUAAUAAGUGCCAUCUCAACAGAAAAUCCAGAACGGAGCUUAUGAUGAACACUUGCAUCGUUCAGCCCAUUGAAAAGAGCGAUAUAACCAAGCUUAAAAACUCUCCUAAAAGACCUAAAGCGUCUGCCAAAUACAGAGUUCAAAAACCAAAUUUUGGAAAACUGGCAUUAAAAGCUUCCCGUGGCAAAACCAAUAGAAAAUCAUACGAAAGACGGCACAUUGAGUAUCCAGAAUGUGAUGAUCUGACACUGAUCGAUUUUGAUGCUAUAGUUCCUAAGCCUAGUUAUGAUUCAGGCCAUUGUGGUAGUAACGAGACAUCAUAUGAAAAUGUAGGGGAAAGAACAAUGUUUGAAUCUAAACAAAAUGAAGAGCAGGCUUGCUGCUCAAAAAACAUAAAUACUAAGAGAAUUCACUCGGAAGAUGGGCUUGGCCCAGAUAAGGAUAUCCCGAUUAUUUUGGAAAAAUACGCUUAUUUAGAAGAAAAUGAUUCAGUCCACAUAGAUCAUUUUCUUAGGGAAGGUCGCUUUGAUAAAGAGAAUGCAAAAGCGAUUCGUUUGGAAGAUUCAACUAGCUUAGAGAAUGCAAAGAGGAGAUUUAAGCUAAGUCCAAGCCGUCCUUCACCCGGAAAAAAGUUGAAAAGGUCAAAACAUUUUCCAGUUGAGAAAAAUGUCCAACAGCUCAAAAAUAUUUAUAAGGGAAAAGCAUCAGUUAUUGGUUAUCAAUUGGAGCCGCCCCACUCUAGAGUGGCUAUUGUUGGUCCGCGUCCCUCAACUUCAAAUCGUUCUAGGUGCCGAUGUAAACAUUUUAAUCAGGUUGACUAUGUUCUUGCUGAUUAUCCGAUGCCCAACAGAGUGAUUUAUAUUCAAAGACCCGAACAAGGACCAGCUUUUGGGAGCACCGGGGCUGAUCAUAUUUUUCCAUCGCAGGCAUACUUGGCCAGCCUGAAUCUGCGUACAGUGGCCGCUUCAAGGGACGAGAAUAUAGGUCGGGUUAUGGCAGAGCGCACUAGGAUUUCGAGGGAUCAUGCUCCCCGGUUGGUCGAGAAUUCGAUACCAGCGAGAGAUUGGACCCAAAUUGCUUUUUCUUUUUUUUUCUUUUUAAUGUUAAUAACGGGAUUUUGCCUAAUUUUGUAUUCAUAUUAUUAUGAGCAAACAAGACCUCUAACGCUUUGGGAGAAAUUUGUUCUACUUAUUAAUAUAUUUUCCACUAAAAAAAUCUAAAAGCGAGCUCUUUAAUGUAAGAAUUUUU